AUGGCUCUAGCUUACAGCAGAAUAGGCAUUGCCCUGAUGGAAAUGGGUGAGUAUGAAAAGUCAUUUUCAUAUUUGAAAAAAUGUCUCAAAGUUCAGGAAGAAAACCUUCGGUCCGACCAUCCUGAUAUUGCCUCUACAUAUAACACAAUUGCACGCACACUGGGGUUCAUGGGUAAGUAUGAAGAAGCACUUGCCUAUCGAAAAAAAAGUAUUGAGGUCUUUGAGAAAGUGUUUGGUCCCCAACAUCCUAAUACCGCCCUCAAAUAUGACGCACUUGGCAUGUUGCUGAAAGAAAUGGGUAGGUACAAAGAAGCAAUUACAUUCCAUCAGAAAAGUAUUGAUAUCUUGGAGGGAUCUCUUGGUUCCGAUAACGUUCAUACUGCUUCGGCUUACACCAAUAUGGGCAAUGCUUAUAAAGAAAUGGGGAUGUAUAGAGAAGCACUCGAUUAUCACAAGAAAUGCCUUGCAGUAUUUGAAAAAGUUCUUGGCCACAAACAUCCUGUAACUGCCAAAGCAUACAACAAUAUUGGUAGCACAUUAAGAUGGAUGAGAAAACAGAAGCAUUACCAUAUUUUGAGAAAUCUCAUGCAAUUUUAA